AUGCCAGCGCUGUGCGGAGGAUCAAAAACGGUCCAGCGCAAGCUGGUCUUGCUAGGCGAUGGUGCUUGCGGAAAGACGUCACUGCUGAACGUGUUCACGAGAGGUUACUUCCCCACCGUCUACGAACCCACCGUCUUCGAAAACUACGUCCACGACAUCUUUGUCGACAACGUCCAUAUCGAGCUCUCGCUAUGGGACACGGCGGGACAAGAAGAGUUCGAUAGGCUGAGGAGUCUGUCCUACGAGGAAACUAACGAAAGGGGCGCGAACACCCCCACCGCAACCACAGACGACACCGACCUCAUCAUGCUCUGCUACAGCGUCGACAGCCGCGACUCCCUCGAGAACGUCGAGUCCAAGUGGGUGGGCGAGAUCGCCGACAACUGCCCGGGCGUCAAGCUCGUCCUCGUCGCGCUCAAGUGCGACCUGCGCGAGUCGGGAGACGAGGACGAGGCGGACAACGCGGCCGCGUCUGCCGCAGACGGGUCGAACCCGCAGCCGCAGCGCGAGAAGAAGCCCAUGAUCACGUACGACUCGGGCCUCGAGGUCGCGCGCCGCAUCAACGCGCUGCGGUACCUCGAGUGCUCGGCCAUGAGGAAUCGCGGCGUCAACGAGGCCUUCACCGAGGCGGCGCGCGUGGCGCUCAGCGUCAAGAAGGACCGGGAGGGAGACAAGUGUGUUGUUAUGUAG